GCCAAAGCUGUCGACGACAUCGCUCCUGCGAAGCAAAUUCUGCGUCGCCAAGCGUUGAGGCCAAGCGUACCCACGGGCCCCCCUGCUCGCAGGCGAGCGAAAAUCUGCAGUCAUGGCGGCAGUCAGAGCAGCUGUUGGAGCGCCCGGAGUUGCCGCCGUCCUCUCGUCGGGCGUGGAGCACAAGUCCGUUUCGUCCUCCUCCGCCUCGGCCUUCGUCGGUUAUGCUGCGUCCAGGAGUCCCGUCAACGGUUGCAAGUUGCAAUGCAAGUCUCUGAGAAGUCAGAGGCGUGGGAAGGGAAGAGCCAGACUUGCUAUCACCAAUGUGGCCACCUCCGAGCCUCAAACUCAGGCCGCACCGGAGAAAUCCUCCAACAAGGACAACGCAAGACCUGUUUUCCCCUUCACCGCUAUUGUUGGACAGGAUGAGAUGAAGUUGUGCUUGAUACUGAAUGUCAUUGAUCCCAAAAUCGGAGGAGUGAUGAUUAUGGGAGACCGAGGUACCGGCAAGUCCACCACCGUCAGGGCCCUUGUCGACCUUCUGCCAGAAAUCAGGGUCGUUGCAGGUGAUCCAUUCAACUCCGACCCAGAGGACCCAGAGCUCAUGAGCGAGGAUGUCAGGAAGAAAGUUCAGGGAAACCAGGAAUUGUCUGUGAUUUCCACCAAAAUUAACAUGGUCGAUCUCCCCCUCGGAGCUACAGAGGACAGAGUCUGUGGUACCAUUGAUAUCGAGAAGGCCCUUACAGAGGGAGUGAAGGCUUUUGAACCUGGCCUACUGGCUAAGGCUAACAGAGGAAUCCUGUACGUGGAUGAGGUGAAUCUUCUGGAUGACCACUUGGUGGAUGUGCUCCUGGAUUCUGCUGCUUCUGGCUGGAACACCGUGGAGAGAGAAGGAAUUUCUAUCUCGCAUCCCGCACGUUUCAUCCUCAUCGGAUCAGGAAAUCCCGAGGAAGGAGAACUGAGACCCCAAUUACUUGACAGGUUCGGUAUGCACGCCCAGGUGAAAACCGUUAGGGAUGCUGAGUUGAGGGUCAAGAUUGUGGAGGAGAGAGGCACCUUUGAUCAAGAUCCUAAGUCGUUCAGGGAGUCUUACAAGGAGCCCCAAGAAAGUUUGAGGGAGCAAAUAUUUGCCGCCAGGGCUCGCCUGAAAAGUGUGAAAGUCCCGUACGAACUCCGCGUGAAGAUUUCGCAAGUUUGUUCUGAGCUAGACGUCGAUGGUCUGCGAGGAGAUAUUGUCACGACCAGAGCUGCCAAGGCUCUUGCAGCUUUGAGAAAUCGGGACGAAGUGACCGCCAAGGAUAUUCUCACUGUCAUUCCCAACUGUUUGAGGCACAGGCUUCGAAAGGACCCUCUCGAGUCAAUCGACUCCGGUCUCCUGGUCGUAGAGAAGUUCAGUGAAGUGUUCGGCUUCUCCUCCAAAGUUGCCAGUUAGGUCCAGUGAACUGAAGUCAAUUCAACGUGCACCAAUUAUUAGCAAAGCAGAAGUUUUGUUCUUUGGCUAGUUAGGGUCUAGCUGGUGUAUACAUAAAUUCAUAGUACUAGCUACUUAUAAAUUAACUUUUUUACAAACUUUUCCACCAUGUGAGCACUGCCGGGAUUAGUAUCAACAUGAGUUUCUGAAGUUGAGUUCAAACACAAGCUUGUCAGUAGCCCUCUGAGCGCGGUGUCGCUAACUCCAUUCUGCAUGUGCUGAGUACAUCUCACGACUUGGUUAGAAGCUCCUGGCCUCGGUAGCCUCACGCUCACGUUUCUGUCUUCCUCAACGUCCUAUAUUGUGGCAUACGAGAUGAGACGUAAACGGCUUCAAUUUGGGUGAACCUCAUGGUCUUGGGUCCGCGCAAUCUGCAACCACUGUAAAGAGCAAUGAGAUCAUGGUUUCUCAAUCCCAUGAAGCGUCCCUGUGUCGGCCUGGCAUUCUCUUGUAUGUACAUCAUUGAAAUUUGUGAAAUACGAGAGGAAACAUUUCCC